UAUCCCGACUACAACAUCAUAUUGACGCCUGACAAAGCCCACUACGAAGCCACAGCUAGAGCUUUUACUAUCAGUCUAAAAUCCGGCGACUUUUCGGAGCACGACGGUUUCUACACGCGAUUUGAAGACAACUGGGGCAACACACUGGCUGAUUAUGUUGGCAAUGUCGUCAUGAAAUUGUUUCCGGAGCAAACUACCUACGAGCAAGGACCGAAUAUGAAAAUAAAUCUGCAGGUCUGCCUUGGGCCACAUUGUCGCUCCAGUGGAUUGAAGGCCGACCUCAUCGACGCGAAAGGAUAUGCCUUGAUGGAGGGCUUCUCGGACAGCUUCACACUUAACAACAUCUUCUGCCUCAGUAUGGUCACAAUAACUGCCACAACAGCAGAUGAUCCAGGACCAGUUCAGCGCACCGUGGCUCUACGCAAUUACCUGACAUACAUGUGCAAAAAGGAAAUUUUUGUUUCGUGGGGCCGAGUCAGAGAGCCGAUCGUGCUCUGCUCACCCACCAGUAAGGAGGCAAAAGCGGCGCUGGCAAAGGAGGAGGAAUUUGAGCGGAUAUUUAAAGACGCCAGAUGCAAAUGCAGCCGACCGGGUAUCACAUUUUCUACACGCUUUCUUCACCUGCCUUCGAAUGCCUCGCCGCCCGAUAACUUUUCUAUCCAAUGUCAGCUGCACAAAUGCCAAUGGAGCUUUCUUGUUCGAGUUGUGAAGGAAGGUAGGGUACAGCAAGUCUCACAUCUCUAG